AUGCCUCGACGUGGAAGAUCAGCAAGCCCACCGCCAGCUCCUCAAAGGAGGGCUGCACCACCACCAGCUCCGAGUCGCGUCCCUGCUCAUGCUCCUCCAUCCACCCCAGCCCCGGCAAUGGCCCAACCCCAACAGCCUUCAAUGUUUGGGCAGAUGGCAGCCACGGCUGGAGGUGUCGCCGUCGGAUCAGCAGUGGGUCAUGUAGCUGGUAGUGCCCUCACUGGCUUGUUUAGUGGAGGCAGCAGCAGUGAGCCUGCACAGCAGCAAGUGCAAGCGCAACCACCUGCUCAGACUCUCAACCAAUACCAAAACCAGACUCCUCAGGGUCCUUGUGCUUGGGAGAUCAAGCAGUUCAUUGAAUGUGCUCAACAACAGCAUGACUUGACCCUCUGUGAGGGCUUUAAUGAGGCUUUGCGUCAAUGCAAGAUUAACAACCACAUUUAA